GAAGGGCUAUCAAACUGUCAAAUGGUGAAUAGCAAAGAAGAGCGGUAGUGUGAAUAAUUUUAACAAAUAUGUGUUUUUAUUUCCAAUUUCAUACACAUAGGUAAUCGCCGCGCCUAUAUUUAGAUAUAAGAUAGUAUAGAAAAGGUCCGGGUUGUCGUAACAGCACUAUGGGCUCCAGAGAUAGGGACACAAAGUCCUUUCAUGACAAGUUGAAAGUGUUCUUCAAGAAGGGAGCAUCGGCGCCCGUCGCCGCACAGAACGAGCUGUUGGUGACGGCGGAGCUGCGCCGGGAGCUGAGCCCUGAGACCCCACUCGGCCGCCGCUUGCGGGCCAUCAAGGAGGUCGGCGACCGAGUCCUACACAUCAGAGUGCAAGAAGGUGGAAUCGAGAAAAUAUGGAGUUGCACUCGUGACCUCCUCGAGGACUCCAAUAUGGAAGCUCGUCACACAGUUCUUGCACUGUUGAAGAACAUAGCAGAGGGACAGACGGACAUGCUGGUCAUGAGAACUGUGCUGUUUAGGUUCCUGAGAGAGACACACACCAGCCACCCAGCUGAUGAUUAUGUGCUGCGAUUCAAACUACUUUACUCACUCACCAACACGGGCAAGGACAUUAAAUGUUUUGAAGAAGAGAUCGGUCCUUUCAUAUUGGAGUGGUUGCCUCGGAUCCAGAAUCCGUCACACAUCAUAGACUUUGUGAACCUCGUCAUUAAUGUGGUCAAGUUCAAUGCCGUUUACUUGGAUGAGGAAAUUGUACAUGGAAUAGUCAAUAACGCGUGUCACCUGUGCGUGUACUCGUCGGAGGGCGGUGUGGUCCAGAGCUGCCUCACUCUGCUGCAGGCCGUCGUCUCGUACUCGUUGCUGCCUCGCGCCGCGUUGCCGACCUUCGUGGCCGCACUCUGCCGCACCGUCAACAUCGAACAUUACUGCCAGAAUAGCUGGAAGCUAAUGCGGAACGUGGUGGGCGCGGACAUGGGACACGCGGCGCUGCAGGAGAUGGUGGAACUGGUGCGUGGGGCGGGGGGCGGUGAGGGGUGCGGGGAGGACGCGGCCGGCCUGGCGCGAGGAGCUGUGUUCUAUAUAAACAUGGCGCUGUGGGGGCCGCGGCGCGUGCACACCCUGCAUGUAUCGUUCCUAGCGGUGCUGCCCGCCUUCCUGAAGGCUCUGGCCGGCCGUCACUCGGUGGUCACGUAUGAGGUGGUGAUGGCGCUCCAGAGCCUGGUCACCCGCGUGCACGAACAAUUGCACGCCGUCGCCUGGGACCUCGUUCUGGACAUCGUAAGGGCUGUACUGCAGCAGGACAAGAGUCUGGACCCUCCCAACGAACUGAUCCACACGCGCGUCCACGCUCUGAUAACAUCCAUAGAGUCGUUACACGAGGCGGGUCAGUUCCAAGGGGACGUGGAGGCGCUCCUGGACCUCAUCGACCUCUGCGGACACGACCGCCCGGAGUCGUCUGUGAUGCGUCUGAUCUCCGAACGCUGCCUGUAUAUGGGCGGGUCCGCGGCGGGCUCCGCGCUGCAGCUGGCCGAGCGCUACGUCCGCCUGGAGCCUCGCCCCGCGGUCAGGCUGCACGCCCUCGCCUCGCUAGUGGCUUACAUCAAGAGACACCGAUGUACCCACGGCGAAGAGUUGUCGGAGCGUGUGGGCGGGUCGAUAGCGGCGACCUGCGCCCUGGACGCCGACGUGUCCAUCAGGGCCGCCAUCGCCAAGGCCAUACCGGAACUGGCCAGGCUGUGCUCGCCGGAUGCCUGCAUCGACCUCAUCGACCAGCUGGAGAAGAUCUUGAACCGUCCCUUCGACAUGUACGUGACUGAGGUGUCGAUCCCCGGAGACGCCGACACUUCCGACCUGCAGGCGGCCGCCGCGGCCCUGCUGGAACUCCUCCACGACAAGCUGUUGCGAGCCCCGGCCGCGCCCGCCGCCCGCGCCUUCCUCGUACUGCUGGACCACCUCGACCACCACUACCGCCGCCCAGCGCUGCUCCACCACCACCCUGACAUACGACUGAAGAUCUUCGACAUGCUGUUCGCUCUGCGCGCCAACGAGUUCAACUGCGUGGGCUUCUGCUACGACGCCGCAGGGUGUGCGGUGUCAGGGGCGGGGGCGCUCCGUCUCCGCGCGCGCUGUUCUCCUCUGCUGCUAGUGGAGCCCCCCGCACCCCGCGCCGCACCCCCGCCCGGUCCCCGGGAGCUGCCCCCCGGCGCCGUCCUGCUGCCGGCCGGUCGAUUAGCGCGCGCCCUGCCCGCCGCGCUGGCUCGCGAACCUGAGUGGCCGGUGUUGGCUCACGUACUGCGCGCUCUGCCACCACUGCUGCACGCGCGCGCCCUCGCCCUGGGCCGGCGAGCUCAGGACCUGGAUCUGCUGGCGGCGACCCUUUGCUCGAUGGUGUCCGACCGCAGCCUGUCAGGUGCCGGCGGGGGCCGGCCGCUCGUGUCGGACUUCCACGCGGCGGCGCUGCCGUCGCUGGCGGCGCUCGCCUCCUAUCACGCCUACCUGGAGCCGCAGACACAGCAGCGUAUCGUUAAGUGUCUGCUCAAAUACGGGAUGGUGCUCCGAGCGCCGCAGCCCUACAUCAACGCUCUCACCAUGUUCACCCUGGAGACCCGGGACACGAUGGUCAAACUGCUCCCGGAGGUGCUGCUGGACCUGUCCAAGAUAUCCGACACCAAGGCCAUCGCUAGCCCCAUGCUGGAGUUUCUUUCCACCCUGACCCGGCUGCCCCGCGUGUACGCUUCGUUCGUGGAGGACCAGUGUAUGACGGUGUUCGCCAUCCUCCUGCCGUACACGAACCCGUCUCGCUACAACCACUACGUAGUGUCUCUGGCUCACCACGUGAUCGCCGCCUGGUUCCUCAAGUGUCGCCUCUCCUACAGACGGAACUUCGUCAGCUUCAUCAUUAACGGCCUUCACAACUACAUCAUAGUGCCGUUCGAGGAACAGUACGCGCACAGAGCACAGAGGAACGAGGACUCCUCCAACAGACAGAGGAGCUCCAGCCUGGGCUCCCGCGCAGUGUCUCACGCCCCUCUGUCGGGUCGGGGCAGCUCAGCGCGGGACUCGGCCGCCCUGGCCGCCUUCCACGUGGAGCUGACCGAGACCUGCAUCGACCUCCUAGCACGGUACACCUUCACACCGUGUAGCGUCAAGCCGCAGAGGAGCGACACGGCCGAGUUCCUGUUCAGCGGUGGGCAGUCCACCACGUGGCUGGUGGGACACAAGCUGGUCACCAUCACCACCUCCGGCUGUCUACAGAACUCUAUCAAGCAGGGAUUGUGCGAGAGGUGCGCCACACUGUGUCGCCGACACGCGGAGAGUGCCAGCAGCGCCCUGCCCGGGGACACGCCGCAGGAUAACUCCGACCAGUCCGGGGCCCUCCAGCCGCCGCCGUCUGACAUCAAACGCUACAGCAAGUGCUCGCUGCAGCACAGCCGCUCGACGGACACGUCCUGCUCCUCUCUGUCCGUCUCCGAGCUGCAGCCGCCCUCCAGCGGACACACCACCAGGCAAAACUCGGCUGAGAACAAAACCGCGGAUCCUCUCCUGGACGCCCUCAAUCAAUUCACGCAACGUUUCGAGAAAGUGUCCAAAGAAGUCGAGUGCGAGGAGGGCGGCUGGUCCCGAGUGGGAGAGCUGACAGCGGGCGGCACCUGCCCGUGCUGGUGCGCGCGGUGGGCGGAGCUGCACGUCCGCUCACCCACCGGAGAUGUCUCCUGGCUGCUGAGGAUGCAGAAUCAUAUCAGCUCGUCGCAGCUUCAGGAGUGGCCGCUGCAGGACGUGCUGGCCCUCCUGGCGCCGCCGGGAGCUUCGGUCCUGUGUCAGCCGGCCGGCCCCGCCCCCGCCCCCGCCCCGCCGCCGGCCCCCACUGAAAAUUCCACUCGUCCGUCUCGAUCCUCUUUACAACGUUCUCACGCACAGGACCUGCACAAAUCAAGUUCUGAUUCGGUGGUGGGUGACCGCCGCAGCCAGUCGGGGGGCGCGGCGGGCGGUGCUCGCCUCAGCACGCAGCCCAUCAACAUCCCGGGCUCCCCUCAGAGACAGAGCUCGUCCAGCACCACGGACGACGAGGAGAUGCUGCUCACCCGGCCGGAGGGUAAAUCUCGUCAUCACGUGCGUCGCUCCAACUCGUCCCCGGAGAUGUCAUCUCUGAAGGGUCUGUCGCGGGAGCACGAGCACGACUUCACCGACCCCGACGAACACAUCCUGCUGCCCAUGUGUGAACCGGCGAACCCGGUGUCUCUACACGCGCCGAAGAAGGCUCCCAAGAAAACGGACACUCGCGUGUCAUGUGAGGCCAUACCGGAGGAGAUGAGCGGCACCUCGCCGCAGCCUCACCCUCACCCUCAGCACCCUCAACACCCUCAGCACCCACAGCAGACGCAACACCCGCACCCUCACCCUCACCUCGUCACAUACAACUCGGACCCGGGAGCGGGCGAGGAGCCGCGACCCUCCGCGCACCAGCUGCAGAAGACGAGCAGCGACAGUCGCGUUACUCUCAGCUCCACCGAGGGUCGCGGAGUGGGAGCAGGGGUCGCGGGCGGCGGGGGGCUGGGGCCGGGGGCGGGGGUGGAGCACCGGGACGGGCGGGACGAGCUGCAACCCCUCGCCCGAUCCAAGAGAUCCAACACUAUCAGCGUCAUGAGCCCCACGAGGAGGAACCGUGAGUCUCCUCGCUCCGCGUCCAGCACACCCAGCUCUGCGGGCGGGUCCGGGGCGGGAGGAGGUGCGGGCGGAGUGUCUCCGUCGUUCGUGUUCCUGCAACUGUACCACAACAUGAGCACGUUUCCGAUCUCGCCUUGCGUGCCCGGGUCUCCUCCCCCGCCGCUGGUGUGUGGCGGCGCGCUUCACGCUCGACCGCUCAAAGUGUCGGACGCUCAGCAUCAGAGGACCAUCAAGAACCUGGACCUCGUGCCGCCGCUCGAGACCUACAAGGUGGGCGUGCUGUACGUGGGCCCCGGACAGCAGGACGACGAGGUGGCCAUACUCAAGAACGAAUACGGCAGCGUCAGGUACAUGGAGUUCCUGCGUCAGCUGGGCACGCUGGUGCCUCUGGAGGGCGCCGAGGAGCCCAACCUGUUCCUGAACCUCGAGAAGGGCGGCAAGGACGGCCGGUACACGUACGUGUGGAGCGACGACAUCAUGCAAGUGUUGUUCCACGUGGCAACCGCCAUGCCCAGCUCCGACAGGGACCCCACCUGCAACGAGAAGAGGAAGUACAUCGGAAACGACUUCGUCAGCAUCGUCUACAACGACUCGCAGCACAACUUCAACAUACACACCAUCAAGGGUCAGUUCAACCUGUGCAUCGUGGUGGUGGAGCCGCUCGCUCACGGCAUGCAUCGCGUCACCUUGAAGAGUAAGGACGAGAGACUCCGCAGCGAGUUCCUGGCACACGCCGAGCCCGCCUGCGUGUCCGACCACAACGUGGCGCUGCUAGCGAGACAACACGCCCUGCACGCCGCGCUGGCCUCUCAGAUCUCCCAGUCCCUGAAGCCGGGCGGCGAGCCGUACGCGUCCAACUCCCUGGAGCGCCUGAGGGUCAUCAAACGCCUGCGGGCCCGAGCGCUGGCCGCCCGCCUGGCUCGGCCCGCGCCGCCCUACGCCCCGCCCGACCCUGCGCCCCUCGCCAUCGACGACUUCAACCACUACACGUGACUCCCGCGGGGCCGCGUCUCGCCCGCUGACCGACCCCGCCGCGACCCGCUCGCGGCUCGCCUCGUGACGUCCUGCACGGAGUCGACUCGCGCUCUCCGACGCCACCGUGCGGCGUCGUGGCGCGAUUUAAUUUUAAAGAAGCUAAUAUUUUUUAUCGUAUGAUUGAUUUAGGUAGAGUUUCAACAUGAAAUUUAAUAAAUGAAAUGUAAAAUUGUGUAUCGGACGUCCUGCACGUGCGUGUCACUGCGGGACGCCGGCCCGGGGACGACUCCCGGUACAGCGACUGCCGACCGGUGCCGACGCUUGGUUCUACAUUUCCGAACGCUGUGAGAUGUGAUAAUAAAGUAGCCGUUACAUUGUCGUAAUAAUGUCGGUGGCGGUCACCUCCCGGCCUGUUCCCGGCCUCCUCCCAGUCACCUCCAGCUCGUCGUCCGGGAGUGAAUCCUGAGCGCAUCGUUUCGUCGUCUGCGGUUCGUCAGAGGAGCGCGUCAUGAAUGUUCUCAGGGGAGGUCUCUGCGGCUUACCGUUCUGUGUUAUCUGUGUUUAUUGUCCGCCGUGGUCCCGGGCGUGUGUCCCGGCCGCCUCCGCCUCCCGCCUCGAGCCGACUCCGGGAGGCAGUUCUUGUUGGAAUAUUUAAUGUAGCAAUUUAUUUCCUGACGAAAGAUUUUGUAAUCGAAUAAAUGAUGGCUAUUUU